GUUACUAAAUCCAAUGAACUAUACGCACCAGUUUCUAUGACUACAAUGAACAAAACAUUGGUCACAUUCGUGUGGUUCGUUGCUAUUCCCCAUAUCGUGAUAAUUUGUCAUCACUCAUUAAUACGUACUAUACGUAGACGAUGCGUUGUCAAUAGCUGUAUUUCCAGUGAUCAGACAUCUCUUAACUAACAUUUAAUUUACAAUUAACUUACGAUUAACGUCUAACAUUCUAAUCCAAGAGCUCAUUUUCGAGAAAUGGAUUCCGAAAAAAACGAUUCCGGUAAGAUCGGAGAACAGCCGAUUACUCGGUGGCGACAAAACCAGGAGGAUGUAUCCAUUACCUCGAGCAAAAUCGAUAGGCCACCGACGGGUUUCGUGAGACCUCAAAACAAGUUCGAACGACCAAGAUCUCGACGUGGACAUAAGGAUGAAUCAUCGGAGUAUGUCAAUUCGGCUACGUAUCGUUCAGCAACACCAGGACGCCUUGCUCUUGCAAGACCACCAUCGGCGUCUCUUUUGUCGAAUCGUGUACCAACCGCGGGUCCAGGUGGAUUCAGGAUAGGCUCCGGACUGAGUCGUUCUGGCACAGGACUAGCAACCGCUAAGCAGUUCAACGUCAGUGUGUUGGAUAGACCGAUUACCCAGCAUGGAAUAGCAGGCAUACGACCGGGUACCACCAGAGGUCUGCCGAUGACGAGGCAGAUUCAAGACAAGAGAUACUACGAGGGUCUGCUGCAGCUGAAAAUAAGAGAACUGACGCAAGAGAUUGGAACGAUAACGAAGGACAUUGAAGUGCAGAACAAGGAGAAAGCUACUUUCUUGCACUAUGAUAAGAGAGCCAAAAGCCUUGCCGCAGAGUUGACGAAUCUACAGGCUGAAUUAGCGGAGUACAAUCUUGUCGUGGAUAAAAUGACUCUGGAUGUGAGCAAGGGGGUGAUCGAAGAGGAGGCUAAGGAACUGGCGCUAAUGAAUGAACAUAGGACGGCAGAAGUCGAGCGGAUGUUCGAGCAACGGAAGCAGAUGGAACAAAAACUGCAUACGAUAGAAAAAGAUAUCGAGAAUGAGAGAAAAAGGACCGAACAUAUCAUUGAGAGUAUGGAUCCACCUACAAAAGAGAAAUACGAUAAUCUAUUCCGACAGAAAACAGAAUUACAGGAACAAGCACAGCAGAUGCAGCGCGAAUUGGACCAACUAUCAAAAGAGCAAGCGCGUUUGGAGGAGCAGAUCGCUCUCUCUCCAUUAAAGCAAGAGGCGGUGAAACUGCAAGUGAGAAUCAUCGAGGCAGAAGAAAAGCGGGACAAGCUACGGGAGGAAGAACGCAAAAAAUUAUCACCAGAAGAUGAGAAGGAGCAACUGUUGCAGAAAAUCAAGCGUGAUAAUACCGACAUUGCUGCAACAGAGGCGCAAAUAGCUGAGAAGGAGAAAAAGGUGGCAGAACUCGAGCAACAAUUGGAACAGCUGGAGACUGACAUGGAGGAUAAUCAAUCAGAGAAGCAAACCAAAUAUCAGGAAUUGCGUAAGCGCGAGGAGGUGAUGGAGGAGUUUAUGUCCACGUAUGAACAGGACAAACAAGAGGAAAUGGAGAAACUGGAAAAACUUGAGCAAGAGAUUGUUGACAAGCUAGAGACCAUGGCGAACGCGGUAGAGAACAACGAGUACCUCACGGAAGCUGAAGAAACAGCUAUUUUACGUGAUAAAUUCCCAUACAAUGAUUACGAAACCGUGCAUCGCGACGAUGACUUUGAAGAGCUAAAGAAAGAUUAUGCAACUAUGCAACAGACAUUCAACCGAUUAAGGAUUCUAGAGGAGAAGCUGCAGAUAGAAUCCAAGUUGAUGAAAGAGAAGCUGAAGAAACAACAGAGCGAAUUAAUUGUUCUAGAGGAUCUGGAUGGCUUAAAAACACGAAAUGAACUCGAACGGGACGAAUUAAUCACCGAACGAGAAGGACUGGUGUCCGAAGAGUCGAUCUGCGAGGACGAGCUCAAGUCACUACAUGCGGAAUAUAACGAACUUAAAGAGCGAAUGGAGAAAUAUGCGAUUUAUCCGGAGAUCAGUAAUCAGGAAGAUAAAUUAGAAAAAUUGAAAGAAGAUAAUAAAAAAAUCGAGGAAUUCAUAGCUAAAGAAAAAGAGCGCGUUAAUUAUGAGCCGGUCAAAGAGAAAGCUUUCGAACUAAUUAACAGUUAUGGAGCGCUACUUCGAGAGAAUCUCAAAUCUCUUUAUUAGAUAAUGUGCUUUACACUAUAUCUAUAUAACUAAUAUUAUUUCUAUAUUUAUCUCCUAAUAUAGUAUUUAUUCGAAAGUAAAUAUGAAUAAUAGUUAAAAGUAAGACGACAGAAAUUCUCGGAAUCAAAAAUUUUAUUUUUCCAUACUUUAUUAUACAGAUUGCCAAGUUUAUUUUAAUUCCUAUUAUCUGGCUACUUUAUGUAUCUUUGGAUUAUCCUUAUCCACGUAUUGUCCUUAAAAUUCCCGUUUAUUCACUACUCUCUCAGAUUAUAAUGUCAGAAGUGAGAAAAAAUACACAAUAAAAAUUCUUACAAAAUAUAUUAAAAUCAAAAUAGGUGUUCCACAAUAAAACAACACUCACAAUUGAUAGAAGUGAUUUUUUUAAUAUACCGAAAACAAUUCCUUUUUGUUUCAUUAAUUAAGGGGAUGCUGGAGUGAACUUGAUCGAUGUCGAUAGUUAAAAAUUCUUUUACAAAUAAAAAAGCCGAUAAUAGUGACAGCUUUAAUUAACUUCUUACAUUGUUCUGACCGAUUUAAAUGCAUACAUCUGUCCUUAUCUAAUAUAUUGCAACGCCAUCUCUCGCAAGAUCGAGCACCUACUGCUAUUAUUGCUUUGUUUAUAUUCUAUUCUAAUUCGCUCAGCGUUUGUAUACACCUAGUUUGCAGAUCGAUAUAAAUCUUUCGAUAUUAAGCUUUUAAUCUUAUUUUCAUAAAGUUAGCUCGGUAAAAUUUUUGUACUAAACGUGGAGUUAAAGUUGGACUCAUGACUUCUGCACACUGCACGUGGAAACGCUUGUUGUGCAGCAAAAUACAACACGGUAACAUUAGUUGCUUUCCAUUUAUACACAAGGAAAAUUGAGUCUGAAGUGAGCGGAGUAUUUUGUACUCAAAUUAAUGACGUUACUAUACUUAUUUACUUUGAUAAAGUUAUCACAUGCCAACAGUGCCAACACAGGUUCGUAACCUCAUUUUGAAAGUAACUCGUAUUAGGUGCAUUCAGUACUACACCGCUCACUGAGCUCUUGCAUCUGAUUGGCAUAUUCCGUUAGAGCUAAAAAUAUAGACCAAUCAAAUGAAAGAACGUUCAGUUAACGGUCGUUCUGAAUGCACCCAUUGGUUACUGCGCCACAUUUAAAUUUUGUCGCGCAGUAAACGUUACCGCGUUCUGAGCGCUUGUAUCUGUUUGGUCUAUAUUUUUCGAUCUAAUGGAAUAUG